AUGCAAGAUUCUUCUGAUAAUCCAGUUCCAAUCAAAAAACUUAAAAUCAACUCAGAAGAUUCAGAAAAUGGUCCAUUGCACGAUGAAAUUCAUGGUGAUGCACAAUGUGGAUAUACAUACCAUGAUCAUCCGGCCGAUAUCCAACUUCAUUCUUGGGGUCCCAAUCUAUCAAGUGCUUUAGAACAGUUGGUAUGCUCUAUGUACGGAUAUAUGGUCGGAAUGGAUACGGUGGAGGAGACCUACACGUAUUACUUCACAGCUACGGGCCACGAUGAACACAGUUUAAUAUUUAGUGUUCUUGAAGAACCGCUGGUUGCAUUCCAAUCAGAACCGUUUUUCAUAGGUAAACGUGUGGAGGUUAUAAGUGUCAAGCACGAUCCUUUUGAAGUUGUUUUCUGUGCUCAUGGAGAGUCAUUUCAACAUGGAAAGCAUAAACAACUCACAGAUGUAAAAGCCAUUACACAUUCCAAUAUGCAGGUGAUUGAGAAGGACUCGCUCAUUAAUAUUUUCGUGAUUGUGGAUAUAUAA